AUGGAUCAAUCAAACAUUGGGAACAUGGAAUCGAGUUCUCCAUUCAUCAACAUCUCCCAGACCUUUAUGAGCUUCCCACACUUACUGGCAGCAUCAGCGUGCGUCCUCAUAGCCUUCUCUGGUUACUAUUUCUUCAGACCAAGAUGUAUAUACCUCAUUGACUUCUCUUGCUAUCAACCUCCAGACUUCUUACGAGCUCCAGUCUCCAAUUUCAUUGAGCACCUUACGAUAUCCGGUGUGUUUGACAGAGAAAGCCUUGACCUCCAGCAGAAGAUUCUAGAGCGGUCAGGGAUUGGAGAUGACGCGAGCGUGCCUGCGACAGUCCAUGAGAUUCCACCAAAUGCUUCUCUCUCUGCAGGUAGAGAGGAAACGCGAGAUAUCCUCUUCACUGUUGUUGAAGACCUUCUCUCAAAGCACAAGAUAGAUCCAACGAGUAUCGACAUCCUUGUGUCUAACUGCAGCCUCUUCUGUCCUUCUCCGUCAAUAACCUCCAUCAUCAUAAACAGAAUGGGUGGGGCAGCGAUUCUUCUCUCCAACAGGAAGCAAGAUAAGCACAAGGCCAAGUACAAACUCCAGCAUCUGAUUAGAACUCAUGUCGGAUCAGACAAUGAAUCAUACGGGAGUGUAAUGCAGCAGAUCGAUGAGGAAGGGCUAGUGGGAGUAGCUUUGUCCAAGCAGCUUGUCAAGGUAGCAUCAAAGGCCUUGAAGAUCAAUGUGGUGGAGUUAGGCCCUAGGGUGCUACCUUAUUCAGAGCAGCUCAAAUACAUAAUCUCAUUCAUCCAAAGAAAAUGGGGAAUCCAGAAGGAGGUAUACACACCCAACUUCAAGAAAGCCUUUGAGCAUUUCUGUAUACAUUCUGGAGGAAGGGCGAUAAUCGAAGGAGUGGAGAAGCAUCUGAAGCUGGACAAAGAAGAUGGAGAAGCUUCGAGAACAACACUGUAUCGUUAUGGGAACACAUCUUCGUCUUCACUGUGGUAUGAGCUGCAAUACCUGGAGGCGAAAGCUAGGAUGAAAAAGGGCGAUAGAGUAUGGCAGAUUGGGUUUGGAAGUGGCUUUAAGGCUAACAGUGCUGUGUGGAAAUGCAUUUCGGAGAUCAAUUCAAAAGACCCCAAUGCAUGGUCUGAUCGAAUCCAUUUGUAUCCUGUCUGUGGAGAUGCUUCAAGUGCAACGUUGAGGACAAAGCUUCUUUCUUGA